AUGGCCACCAACGGCACGACCACCCCUCUCUUCACCCCCGGCCGCCUCCCUCCCGGCAAAGACAAGCACCACAUCGUCGUCCUCGAGGGAAUCCACGCAAAGAUGCCCAGCUUCGACUUCCCCCACACCAUCGAUGUGCACCAACGUACGCCGCCGUCCGAGGUCGCCGAGCGCAUCAAGGACGCCACCAUUGUCAUCGCCUGCGUCGUACCCGUGACACCGAGCGACAUGGACAAGGCUCCAUACCUGGGCGUGCUGGCUGUCAUGGCCGUGGGGAUCCAGUGGGUGGACAAGCAGGACUGCGCGCGCCGCGGCGUCACCGUGACAAAGUGCCCCGCCGGCAACGUCAAUGCCGUCACCGAGCAUUUUCUCGGACUGUACUUCGCGACCCGUAGACGCGUGGUGCAGGUGCACAAGACCAUCACGGCAUCCAACGAGUGGGUCGAAAAGGGCACACUCACGAAACUGUGGCCGUCGGGUCCACCCUUGGGCUGUGGCCAGGAGACGCUGGGCAUCAUGGGCUACGGCACGCUGGGGACCCGGCUGGAGAAGCUCGCGCGGGCCAUCGGCUUCGGCGAGGUGUUGAUCAGCGAGAGGAAGAACGCGACGACGGUCCGCCCGGGCAGGGUAUCGUUUGACCAGGUCCUCGAGCGGGCCACUGUGGUCGGCGUGUGCUUGCCCAAGGAGCACGACACGAUCGACCUGAUUGGCGAAAAGGAGCUGCGCACCAUGCGCAAAGACGCCAUCAUCAUCAAUGUCGCCCGUGGCGGAAUCGUCAACGAACGCGCCCUCGCCCAGGCACUCAAGGAAGGCUGGAUCGCCGGCGCGGCGACCGAUGUCUUGGAAACAGAACCCUCAGGACCGGGCAUGAGUCCGCUGGUUCCAGACGUGGCCAAAGGGGAAGAAGAGGUGCCGAACUUGACCAUUUCCGCCCACAUCGCAUGGUUCACCCAGUCCACCAUCCAGAAUUACCAGCGUCUCCUCAAGGAAGGUAUCGAGGGCUGGGUCAACGGCACGCUGCAGGAGUCGGCCGACAAAGUCCACCGGGUCGUCGUGGUGCAUAAUGGACGUAUCUGGAACUGA